AUGCCCUUCAAGCGCAGGAACGGAGGCCGCUCCAAGCACGCGCGCGGACGCGUACGUCCCAUUCGCUGCAGCAACUGCGGCCGCUCGGUGCCGAAGGACAAGGCCAUCAAGCGUUUCAACGUCCGUAACAUCGUGGACGCCAGCUCUCAGCGUGACAUCAAGGAGGCUUGCGCCUUCUCCACUUUCAACUUGCCCAAGUUGUACAUCAAGCAGUGCUACUGCGUGUCAUGUGCCAUCCACUCCCGCGUGGUGCGCGUGAGGUCCGCCGAGGCUCGCAAGAUCAGGACCUACGUCCAGCCCAGGAGCGCACACAUCAGGAUCAACAUGCCCCAGACCAAGGACAACUGA